CGCAGGGAAACAGCUGGGGGGCGGCCGCUGCUGCGGGCCGGGGGGUCUCAUCCACGCGCAGUGGGGCUCAGGCUGCUGCCGCCGCUUGUCUCUUCCUGGCAGUCCAAGAGAACAAACUGUUUUGGAGACCCCUGAAGCAAGAAGUUUAAGGCAUUGGUGACACGAUGCCUUCAGUUCCUCCAGAAGCAGAGAUGGACAAUGGUUCCUGCCCUCACUUCUCUGCUAAAUGUGUGCUGAAUGGAGGCCUGGAGAAGGAGCCCGGUAACAUCAGUGAGGAGAGAAAGUGGAUCCGACCUGACACCCCUAGCAAAUGUACCUGGGAGCCGGGGAAACUCCCCUCUGAAUCCCCUCAUUAUCACCCCACUUUGUCAAAGUCUCCAAACAUCCUGCCAAACAUUCUGAAGAAAAUCGGUGAUACUCCUCUGGUACAAAUCAACAAGAUCGGAAAGUUCUUUGGACUCAAGUGUGAACUCUUGGCAAAGUGUGAGUACUUCAAUGCUGGGGGGAGCGUGAAGGAUCGAAUUAGCCUGAGGAUGGUGGAGGAUGCAGAAAGAGCUGGGAUUUUGAAACAUGGGGACACGAUCAUUGAGCCAACAUCAGGAAACACAGGAAUUGGGCUGGCCCUGGCUGCUGCAGUGAAAGGCUACCGCUGCAUCAUUGUGAUGCCAGAGAAAAUGAGCAUGGAGAAGGUGGAUGUUCUGAGAGCUCUUGGCGCUGAGAUUGUGAGGACCCCAACUACUGCCAGAUUUGACUCGCCUGAAUCUCAUGUGGGAGUAGCAUGGCAACUGAAAAAUGAAAUCCCCAAUUCCCAUAUCCUAGACCAGUACCGCAACGCCAGUAACCCCUUGGCACACUAUGACACUACAGCAGAGGAGAUCCUGCAGCAGUGUGAAGGAAAAAUAGACAUGCUGGUGGCUGGAGCUGGUACAGGAGGCACCAUUACUGGCAUUGCAAGAAAGCUGAAAGAGAAAUGCCCAGAUUGCAAAAUUAUUGGCGUCGAUCCCCAGGGCUCCAUUCUUGCUGAGCCUGAAGAACUGAAUAAAACUGACAAGACAACAUACGAGGUGGAGGGGAUUGGAUAUGAUUUUGUCCCUACAGUGCUGGACAGAUCGGUGGUGGACAAGUGGUACAAGAGCAAUGAUGAGGAGUCUUUUUCUUUGGCACGCAUGUUAAUCAGAGAGGAAGGAUUAUUGUGUGGUGGCAGCUCUGGCAGUGCAAUGUCCAUUGCUGUGAAGGCUGCCAAGGAUUUGACAGAAGAUCAGCGCUGUGUUGUCAUCUUGCCCGACUCCGUCAGGAACUACAUGUCCAAGUUUUUGAAUGACAAAUGGAUGACCCAGAAAGGGUUCAUGAAAGAAGAAGAUGACCUCGUUAAGAAACCUUGGUGGUGGCACCUCAAAGUUCAGGAAUUAAGUCUCUCUGCUCCCCUGACAGUGCUUCCAGGUGUCACCUGUGAAAAGACCAUUGAAAUCCUCCGAGAGAAGGGAUUUGACCAGGCACCAGUUGUUGAUGAUUGUGGUGUGAUUUUGGGAAUGGUUACCCUUGGGAACAUGCUUUCAUCAUUACUUGCUGGGAAAGUUCAGCCAUCAGAUCAUGUCAGCAAAGUAAUCUACAAGCAAUUCAGACAGAUUCAUCUGAAAGACAGCUUGGGGAAACUUUCUCAUAUCCUGGAAAUAGACCACUUUGCUCUAGUUGUACAUGAACAGAUUCAGUAUCACAGUGACGGCUCCUCCAGUAAGAGACAGAUGGUGUUUGGCGUUGUUACAGCCAUUGACUUGCUUAACUUUGUGACUGCACGGGAGUGGGAAAGAAGGGCCACCUAAGUUCAAGGACCACUCUGCAACAUCUUCCGUGGCAUUUUGCAGUCUCUAGAAAGAAUCAGGUCUCUCUCUCUCUCCCUUUGCUAGAAUGUUCUGUCUCCUGUUUUGUUUUCAACAUUCUAAAAAUAAACACAGUUGGGAUCAUCCUGACUGCUGUGAUGUAACAGCACAUCUAAACGUUGCAGAGCUUUUCGGGAUCGUUAGCUCUCAAUCUCCUGUAAUUGGUUGAUCUGCAUAGAAUUUAUAUAAAAAACAAAUGUUAGACCGUACUGAUUGUGCUUAAAGUCUAAAACACUGUUAACACGUAAUUGAAGGUAACAAACUGAACAGCCACAGCCAAGCUGAGGCGAGAGCAAUCUAGGAAGACUGCCUAUGAGACUGUGUGUGUUGCUCAUUGACAUAGAAUAAGUCCAAGACACUGGAUUUGGUGACAAUAUGGGUAUGCCUUCCCUAGUAAAACAUUUGUGUAUCUUUUCACAGUGAGAUCGUUAACUUGAAACAGGGUUGAGGUAAAUCCUGGACUCCAGCUAUAGGGUUUACCUCCAGCAGCUGUUUUGAGUCCGAGCUAUCACUUGCCUUGUCUUGACUGAAAUAUUGCAAUAAGGUAGCUAACACAAGAGAGUCGUCUUACUGUAAAAGACACACCUUUUUCUUAGUGAAUACACAGCUUAUAUCAUUUAUUUUUACCUGGCUGAAUACCCACAUGCGUAAACAACAAAUCAAAAUCAGAUCAAGCUCUCUAAAGAGCGAAUUCUUACCGGUUAUGGCGUGUUUCAUGCACAACAAGAAGGCAGCACAUUUCCCCUGAAAACUUUUAUCUAAGACUGACCUCCUACCUCUAACUGAAGUUCUUAUGCCUACACUUAGGUCAUAUAAUGUAAUUCUCUCCAGUCAGGAGCAAG